UCUCACUCUCUGUGGUAGACCUGGAAAUAUAAAAACCAGGCAGCACAGGGACACAAUAUAUAAGAAACAAUGAGUGGAAUUUAUCAGUUAACAGUGGGAGUACUUUUUGUUUUGUCGGUAGCUUUGGGACAAAGGUCAGGUGACGUGUACAUACUUUUCACAGACAGUUAUGCUAAACAAAUAUGGAAACUGGAUUUUAACAAUUCCAACUACUCCAAUAUUGUGAUAGAAAAUCACGAAAACCCCAUCGCCAUCGAUUAUGAUCCAGUGAUGAACAAAAUAUAUUGGACAGACGUCGGACGGCCGGAUAUCAGAACGUGCGGCUUCAAUGGAGAGAAUUUAAGCUUAGUGCGAAAACUAAAGCCAGGCUCAGUUCCCGAUGGCUUAACUCUGGAUCCAGUCUCAAGACUGAUAUUCUACACUGACACAGGAAAUGACGUCAUCGCUCUGAUCGACAUGGCCGACUUCUACCACAAGACAAUAAUUAAUACAAACUUAGACGAGCCUCGAGGAAUAGCGCUUGACAGAACACAGAGAAUGAUGUAUUGGACAGACUGGGGUGCAGAAGCAAAGAUAGAGAGAGCAACAUAUUUAGGAGAAAGUCGAACGACGCUGGUUUCUACCGGUCUGAUCUGGCCAAACGGAAUAACGCUAGACACAGAAGGACAAAAGAUUUACUGGUGCGACGCGAAAACCAAUGUAAUUGAGGUGCUAGAUUUUGACGGCAAUAACAGAAGACAGAUCGCGCACCGUGACAGUUUCCAUCCUUUCGACAUAUUUCUGUUUGAGCAGGUCCUAUACACUACAGACUGGACUUCAAAGAGAAUAUAUCAGGUAUAUCUGGAUGAAAGGAAUAUGACGUCAUUGAAUGGAAGCCAUUUCAAACGUCUUAAUGGCAUACACGUUUUCAGAGCUGGCGCCUUUCAAAAUGAUACUAAUACCUGUACAACUAACAAAGGCGGCUGUGAGCAGAUCUGCAUACCGACUUCUGGAGGAAGACAAUGUGCAUGUCGAGAUGGCUACACACUCAUAACAAACGGACUGAACUGCACGGGACAAGCUGACGUGUUCGCACUUUUCACAGACAGUUUGGCCAAACAAAUAUGGAAACUGGAUGUCAUCAAUUCCAUCUACUCCAAUAUUGUGAUAGAAAAUCACGAAAACCCCAUCGCCAUCGAUUAUGACCCAGUGAUGAACAAAAUAUAUUGGACAGACGUCGGACGACCGGAUAUUAGGAAGUGUGGCUUCAAUGGAGAAGAUUUAAGCUUAGUACGAAAACUAAAGCCAGGCUCAGUUCCCGAUGGCUUAACUCUGGAUCCAGUCUCAAGACUGAUAUUCUACACCGACAUGGGAAAUGACGUCAUCGCUCUGAUGGAUAUGGAUGACUACUACCACAAGACAAUAAUUAAUACAAACUUAGACCAACCUCGAGGAAUAGCGCUUGACAGAACGCAGAGAAUGAUGUACUGGACAGACUGGGGAGAAAAACCAAAGAUUGAGACAGCAACAUAUUUAGGAGAAAGUCGAACGACGCUGGUUUCUACCGGUCUGAUCUGGCCAAACGGAAUAACGUUGGACACUCAAGGGAAAAAGAUUUACUGGUGCGACGCGAAAAUACACAAAAUUGAGGCGAUGGAUUAUGACGGCAGAAACAGAAGACAAAUAGCUCAUGGUAGCAGUUUCCAUCCUUUCGACAUAUUUCUGUUUGAGCAGGUCCUAUACACAACAGACUGGGGUUCAAGGAGAAUAUUUCGCGUAUAUCUGGAUGGAAGGAAUGAGACUUCGUGGGGCGGACGCCAUUUCAAACGUCUUAAUGGUAUACACGUUUUUAGAGCUGGCGCUUUUCAAAAUGAUACUAAUGCCUGUACAACUAACAAAGGCGACUGUGAGCAGAUCUGCAUACCGACUUCCGGGGGAAGACAAUGCACAUGUCGAGAUGGCUACACACUCACAACAAACGAACUGAACUGCACGGUUCAUAACGCCUGUUCAUGGUGCUACCCAGGUCAGUGCGGGGGCGAGUUGUUGUCUGCUGACUGUGUCUGUCACCCUGGAUUCACAGGUCACCACUGUCAAACAAUCACGACAAAGCCAGCCAUGCAUGUGUUGGUGCAGAUGACAAACAGUGACGAACAACGAUUUGAAAUAGACAGCACGGAUAACCAAGCCUCGUUCUGGACCAAUGUGAACAACCCGACUUCGGUCCACUACAAUUUGUCUGCCCAGUAUACAGCCCAGUCGUCUGGUACACUGCCAGACAAGCCUGCAUAUAUUGAAGAUUUCCAUGUAAUCGAAUUGUCCAGGUUUAUAUACUAA